AUGGCUGAUGAAGGUCAGGAUACAACACCAUCAUCUCCACCACUCCCAAAGAAAGGCUCCUACAAUCUAGACUUUGAUUCUUUUGAUGACUCCAUCAACCCAUUCCAGCCUAAAGCAAAGCUGAGUUCCUCUCCACCCAACAAGUCCCACAUCCCUGCACCUUUACUUGAUGAUGAGGCAGUAGAUCCAUUCAAACCCAGGGCUAAAGUUGCCAGUUCUCCUCCUACCUCUCCUAAAGUGAAGGCAAGAAAUGACAUUGUCCAGCCAAGCAGUGAGGCCCCUGGUGAGCUGGUUGAUGGUCACUUGGAUGACUGUAACAACAGUAAACAAAGUGAUCAAGUUGUGCCUAAACAAAAGAAGGUGAUCAAGAAACCAAAAGUUCAGUCCAAGUUAAAGCUUCCUAAGAAGGUCAAGGCUGCUCAGGAUGUAAUGGAUGAUAUUCAGAUACUGAUGCCUGAAAAAGCUGCUAAUGAAGAGAAAGCUGAGCCUUCUCGAUCUCUUAACCAAAGUCUCACUGAUGAUAGUCUGCUUCAACAGGCUGGAGGAAAUAGUACACUAGACGACAGGAAAGAUAAUAUACCCAGCUCCCCAGCUUCUAGUGAGGCUGUGACUGUCUUAAGAAAUCAUAACACAGAAACCGAUGGCAUAAAAGAAUUGGAUAACUUGAGCCAAUCAUUUUCAAAAAACGGUCCAGGGAAUCUACAAGACAGCUUCAAUCAGCAGGAGAGAUUGUCAGAUCAGCCAUCAUCCCCACAAGAAGAUAAAUUACAUCACUCCAAGAAUGAUGAUAUGCUUGUGAAAACAUCGCCUGAAGGGAAACAAGCCAAGAAACAUCCAGCAGCGAAUGCAUUAGCUAACUUGCAAGCAGAACCCAUCUCAAGAGGAGCUGACCCUAAAAGUGAGUCUAGUUCUGAAGACAGCCUGUUUUAUGACGCGGUUGACUAUCCGCCUGUGGCACCAACAAAAACUAAGCUGGGACAGAAAAACAGUACUAUUAUGGACAGAGGUCCCAGCCAACAGGAAGGGGGAGAUAACAAAGAAACAGUUGUUCAGCUAGUGCAGGAUCGACCGAAUUUUGCUUUAAGAAGGGUACUCAGGUAUUCCCAGUCAGACUGGAACAAGAUGAAGCAGGAGCUGGAGCUCAACUUCCAGGCCAGUCUCCUGAACAAGGAGAGGGACUGGAGCUUGUUGCUGGGGGAGAGAGACAAGAAGAUUACAUCCCUUGAAGAGACUUAUCAGAAGCUUAAGCACACCAAUGAGGACAUGAGGAUGGUUGUUGCUGAAUUUGAGAAAACCAUCUCUCAGCUCCAAGCUGAGAAAGAGAAAGUGAAAUCAGAUUGUCAAAAAUCUGUCCAGACUUUGGAGGGGGAACGAGAUCAGGCCAUUGAGGAUCUUCAAUCUGUGGAGUCAGCAUUUUCAGAUUUACAUCGGCGCUAUGAGAAAAGCAAGUCAAUUAUAGAAGGCUUUAAAAGGAAUGAAGAACAGCUGAAACAGUGUGUGGAAGAUCUUCAGAGUAAAUUGAAAAAGGCUGAGAGCAAACUUCAGUCACUACGAUCUCAGGCUGAGGAAAAACUAGACAAGGCAAAUGAAGAUAUUGAGAAAAUCAAGAAAUCUACAAAGCAGGACGUUGUGCGUUUGGAAGCCGCACUAAAAAAGGCAGAGCUGCGGGUGUCCAGUUUAGAAGAAAGUUUACAAAAUAAAGAAAAAGAAAAUCUAGAAUUGACAGCAAUUUGCGAUGAAUUGAUAUCAAAAGUAGGGUCCUAGUGACGCGAGAUACCUCGAGUAGGUGACCUCAGGUGCUAGAACCAUCUCCCUCAGCACAAACUUGCAUUAGUUGGUUGUGGAUAAAUCAUACCAUUCUGUUUGAGUGUUGAGUCCAGAGAAGGUAGUUAGGUUCAGUCAUGUUGUACAGUGUGGAGUAUAUGAAAACAUUCAUAGUUAAGUUCAGUUAUGUUGCACAGUGUGAAUGAAAACAUUCCGUAUGAAUCGUUUGUCAAUCCUCCUCUACUCCUAGCCUAGAUCUUUGGGUGUAAACUUGACAGUGAAUUUCUUGCAUUCUCCUCUAUAUUCCCUUCUCUAGUCAGGUGAUCAGAUUCUUGUUUCACAUUCUGUCCCACUCAACUAAUUGGUAUUUUAGUUUUAAAUUGUAAAUCUACAUAAUACAUGUAAAGAUUUACAUAAUUAUUUAAAAUUAAUUUUAAAUGGACUAGAUUGGAUGUAAGAACUAUAUAACAAUCUUUAAUUUAUUGUACAAUUUUUUUUAUUAAAUGUAUCACAAAAUGUGUGUGAAUGAUGUGAUUUUCCUGCUUGCUGUGGUGUAUAGUUUGUAAUCUAAUAGCGUUUCAUAUUGCCUUAUUCAAAAUGAAUCUUUGUCUUUCCUUGAUUCUAAUUUAAAGCUCUGUAUGUCUGGGACAGUGUCACUUCUGUGAUGUCUAUAUACACUCUUCAAAUUGGCUGUGUUAUCUGUAUAAAAGUUUUUAUCUAUGAACAUACUUGAAACAUUUUUAACCCAACUUUGUACCCUUUCAUACAUCUUGUUUUAUACAUAAGCAAUAGGCUCUCCUUGCUGAGAGUGUUUGAAGAAUUAAUUAAUUUUAAAUUAUUUACAGCCUAUAAAUAAAAGAAAUCACAUAUUUCAAUAUUUUUUGAGGAAGAAAAAUGAACUUAGGUCAUAAAUCAGGGUUUGACUAAACUUGUUUUUUUUUUUAUACAUUUCAUAAAAAAUGCUUUUUUAUCUUAGAAUAUUUGAUUUGCUAGCAUUUGCUUGCCUGAAGAAUAUGAGUGUACAAAUGUUUUGCUAAUAUCCAAUAUUUUGUUAAAGCUUUUUAGCUUUACUUGUAAAUAUCUCACCAUAAAUGUGUCAGGGUAUUUUAUUUGCUUAUCUGAUGUGAAGACAUCUCAUUUGCACCAACGUAACUUUAGAAUCAGCCAGCAGGUUGGGAUGGUGCUCAGGAUGUUAGAAGCUUUUUAUUAUCAAUAUUAGAUGUAUUGGAAGUGAUAAAAUAAAAACUGGGUGAUAAUUAUUUACUACAGCCUUUUAUCAAUAAAAUCAAAGCACAAACACUAUACUCUGAUCCCUUAUGUAUAAUCCAAGCAAAGCACAAAUACUAUUUCUGGCUCCACAUAAACCUGAUAUUCUACUUGAUAUCAAUCAACAUAAAUUAAAUGUGUUACUGUAUCAUCAUUGAACAAAAACAUUUUACUCAAUCCCUUCUCCCAAUAGCACAUUUUAAAAUAGACAAGUACCCUCUUACCUUUCCUUAUCCCAGAGAAUUGAUGUCAAACAUUGACAGAAAGCUGCUUCCAACAUUUGUAAAAAGAAACUUGUGAGAUCUAUUUCUUCACUUACCUUACUGACUUAAGGCAAAUUCCCUAGGUAGUGUUUUGUUGACCACCAGUGAAGGUGAUACCAUUUUGCUGCUUUAUAAUGACAACUAAUUUAAUACAUAUAUGCUUUCAGUUAAAGCCUGUAUAUUACAAUAAAAUGUUUUAAGACUU